ACACCCCACGCCGCAGUUCUCUGCACCAGCCAAACCAACCGAAGCCAACCAUCAAUCAGCAGCACCCAGCCACACAGCGCCGCCGCAGUCCCGCUCGACCGAUCGCCGGCAAUGGAGGAGCGGGGCAGGGGCGGGAGCAACAAGAUCCGGGACAUCGUGCGGCUGCAGCAGCUGCUCAAGCGGUGGAAGCGGAUGGCGGUGGCGCCGGGCGGCCGAGGCAAGAACGGCGGCGGCGGCGGCGGCGCCGUGCCCAAGGGGUCCUUCGCGGUGUACGUCGGCGAGGAGAUGCGGCGGUUCGUGAUCCCCACCGAGUACCUGGGCCACUGGGCCUUCGAGGAGCUGCUCCGGGAGGCGGAGGAGGAGUUCGGGUUCCGGCACGAGGGCGCGCUCCGGAUCCCCUGCGACGUCGAGGCCUUCGAGGGCAUCCUCCGGCUCGUCGCCGCCGGGAAGAAGGACUCCGCCGGCGCCGCCGCCGACAUGUGCGACCGCUCCUGCUCCUCCGAGACCGAGAUCCUCUGCAGAUGAGGCGACGGGCGACUGCUCCCUCGCUCUGAAGAAUGAUUUCAGACAGGGAGCAGAGAUCUCCUUCUUCCUUCUUCUUUUUUUCCUCUCUCCUUUCUUGCGUUCUCCCGAUCUUUCUUCUCGGUUUUAGCUGAAGAAAGGGGAAGAGGUUGCAACUAGUUGGAUCUGUAAUUUGUACAACUCCAAGGAUUGUUCCAAUGCAAAAACUUAGGCAUUUGAUCCUAUC